CAAAGGCAGGCCGCGCCCACAGCGCAUGCGCAGCGCUUACGGUUGCUGUAUAUUAGGGCGACAGCGGUCGCGGCCUGAGGCUGCUCGCGGACAAGGGCAUCGGCUCGAUUGGACUUCUCCGCUUGAGUGCCCGCCGCCGCCGCUGCCACCUCCGCCUCGGUCGAGUGCCCCGCUCAGGAGCCAGCACACUUCCCAGACAUGGAGACGGUUGUUCGCCGAUGCCCAUUCUUAUCUCGAGUCUCGCAAGCCUUUCUGCAGAAGGCUGGCAAAUCUCUGUUGUUCUAUGCCCAGAACUGCCCCAAGAUGAUGGAAGUUGGGGCCAAGCCAGCACCCCGGGCCCUGUCCACUUCAGCAGUACACUGCCAGCAGAUCAAAGAAACUCCUCCAGCCAAUGAGAAAGACAAAACUGCCAAAGCCAAGAUCCAGCAGCCUCCUGACAGAUCCCAGCAGACUCCAGAUGGCACACAGCUUCUGUCUGGUCAUCCCUCGCCUGCCACAAGCCAGGGCUCUGCCAGCAAGUGCCCUUUCCUGGCAGCACAGAUGAACCAGAUGGGCAGCAAUGUCUUCCGCAAAGCCAGCCUGGAGCUUCAGGAGGAUGUUCAGGAGAUGCACGCUGUGAGGAAAGAGGUUGCCCAAACCUCAGUGAACCCCAGUGUGAUCAACGUGAAGACCGAUGGAGAGGAUCCAAGCGGAUUGCUGAAGAAUUUCCAGGAUAUCAUGCGAAAGCAGAGGCCAGAAGGAGUGUCUCAUCUUCUCCAAGAUAACUUGCCAAAGUCUGUUUCCACUUUUCAGUAUGAUCAUUUCUUUGAGAAGAAAAUUGAUGAGAAAAGAAAUGACCACACCUAUAGAGUUUUUAAAACUGUGAACCGGAGGGCACACAUCUUCCCCAUGGCAGAUGAUUACUCGGACUCCCUCAUCACCAAAAAGCAGGUGUCGGUCUGGUGCAGUAAUGACUACCUAGGCAUGAGUCGCCACCCACGGGUGUGUGGGGCAGUUGUGGAGACUUUGAAACAACAUGGUGCAGGAGCAGGUGGUACUAGAAAUAUUUCUGGAACUAGUAAAUUCCAUGUGGACCUGGAGCAGGAGCUGGCUGACCUGCACGGGAAAGAUGCAGCCCUGUUGUUUUCUUCAUGCUUCGUGGCCAACGACUCGACUCUCUUCACCUUGGCUAAGAUGAUGCCCGGCUGUGAGAUUUACUCUGAUUCUGGGAACCAUGCCUCCAUGAUCCAAGGGAUCCGGAACAGCCGAGUACCAAAGUACAUCUUCCGUCACAAUGAUGUCAGCCAUCUCAGAGAGCUGCUACAAAGGGCUGACCCCUCAGUCCCCAAGAUUGUUGCAUUCGAAACUGUCCAUUCAAUGGAUGGAGCAGUGUGCCCGCUGGAAGAGCUGUGUGACGUGGCCCAUGAGUUUGGAGCAAUCACCUUUGUGGAUGAGGUCCAUGCGGUGGGACUGUAUGGGGCUCGAGGUGGAGGGAUUGGUGAUCGAGAUGGAGUCAUGCCAAAAAUGGACAUCAUUUCUGGAACACUUGGCAAAGCCUUUGGCUGCGUUGGAGGGUACAUUGCCAGCACAAGUUCUCUGGUGGACACUGUACGGUCCUACGCAGCUGGCUUCAUCUUCACCACUUCCCUGCCACCUAUGCUGCUAGCUGGAGCCCUGGAGUCUGUGCGGAUCCUGAAGAGUGCUGAAGGGCAGGCGCUCCGCCGUCAGCACCAGCGCAACGUCAAGCUUAUGAGGCAGAUGCUAAUGGAUGCCGGUCUUCCAGUCAUCCACUGCCCUAGUCACAUCAUCCCUGUGCGGGUCGCUGAUGCUGCUAAAAACACAGAAGUCUGUGACGAACUAAUGAGCAGACAUAACAUCUACGUCCAAGCGAUCAAUUACCCCACGGUGCCACGUGGGGAGGAGCUCCUGCGCAUUGCCCCCACCCCGCAUCACACCCCACAGAUGAUGAAGUACUUCCUGGAGAACCUGCUGGCCACGUGGAAGCGAGUGGGGCUGGAACUGAAGCCACAUUCUUCGGCGGAGUGCAACUUCUGCAGGAGGCCCCUGCAUUUUGAAGUCAUGAGUGAGAGAGAGAGAGCCUAUUUCACAGGCAUGAGCAAGAUGGUGUCUGCCCGGGCCUGAGUGGGACCUCAGUCAUUCUACCCAACCCCAGCCAUUAUCAUAUCCACGUAGUCUCCAGAGUUGUCUUUGUAUGUGAACUAAAUUAUAUUAAAUCUUAAUCUAGAGUAAAAAUCAUAGUCCUGAAAAUAAAUUCUUGUUUAAGCGAUGG